AUGGGCUGCGACAGUAUUGAUAAUGGGAAUCACAACGUGCCUGGUAUCCUAGUCCGACCUGUGCUCAAAUUCGGAGUAAAAAAUGCGCAAGGUUUGGUCUCUUUGUACGGGUUCUACAUGACAAACAUGAAAAAUCGGGACCAAGAUCAACGACCAACCUUCGUCAAGUAUUAUCCGGAGCUACCUCAACUACCAAAUCACGUGUGGAUCCCAAAGUCCCAUGUUUCUGGUAGUGACGCUCGACUUCUUCCUCUCCUCAUUGACAUACACGGAGGAGGUUUCAUGAUAGGUCACCCAUUUCUUGACGACAGAGACAAUGCGAUCUUUUGCCACAAAUAUGGAAUAUGCGUAGUAAGCAUCAACUAUCGAAAAGUGCCUAAUCGAUUUCCCGUGCCUGUCAAAGAUGUGGCUACCUUAAUUCAAUGCGUACUUGAUGAUCCUGACCUCCCGGUUGAUAAAGCCAGAGUUGCGAUUAUAGGCUACUCAGCGGGCGGCAACCUUGCGCUCACAGGACCUCAAAUGAACAAUUUGCACAAGAAGAUAAAGGGCGUCGUUGCGUACUAUCCAGUCACUGACUUUGUUCGAACAGUACAUCAAAGGAAAUCGGACUCCACACCACCGCCAAAUCGGAGAGAUAUUCUGGCCCGCGGUAUGAAAAACUUCAACUGGAUCUAUCUUGGCCGCCAUCACAAACAUGAUCUCAAGAAUCCUCUUGCAUCACCCCUCUGGGCUGAGAGGAGUAAAUUGCCUGAGAAAAUUUACAUUCUCGGUUGCGAAUAUGAUGUCCUCUUUGGCGAAGCUCGAGAUGCGGCGAUAAGAUAUGCGGAUCUUGAGCUAGCUGAGUCUGAAAAGAAAAGGGAGCCACUUGGGGAUGGUCGAACAGGCUGGAAGAGUGGUAAUGUUACUUGGGAAGAAUUGAAAGACCUGGAACAUGGCUUUAAUCAACGCUGGCCACUGGAAAUUGGAAAGCGAAGAAAGGAGUGGAAGAAGAGGACGCUUGAAAUUCAUGCCAACGUUGCUGAUUGGUUGUUUCGAGAGGUAUAUAUGACCAGGCAAGAAAAUUGA